UAAGUCUAGCUGAGAGCUCAGAGAGAAGAAGGUAUAAUUUUUUCAGAUCGAUACAAACAUUAAAAACCUUUAAAAUCCUAAAAUAUUUUGGCUUUUAGAGAUCUUUACACUCUCAGUUUACCCCCUUUCAAUACAAAUAUGUUCAAAAAGUUUUCAUCGGAAGAAGUAUCGUCACAGAAUCAAGUGAAAGCAUCUGUUCAGCGGAAAAUUCGACAGAGUAUUGCUGAUGAGUAUCCAGGACUUGAACCUGUUUUGGAUGAUUUGCUACCGAAAAAGUCUCCCUUAAUUGUUGUUAAAUGUCAAAAUCAUCUGAAUUUGGUGUUGGUGAACAGCGUUCCCCUGUUUUUCAAUAUUCGCGAUGGGCCUUACAUGCCUACUUUACGGCUUCUCCACCAAUAUCCAGAGAUAAUGAAAAAGUUGCAAGUAGAUAGGGGUGCAAUAAAAUUUGUCCUCGCUGGUGCAAACAUUAUGUGUCCUGGACUUACAUCUCCAGGUGGUGCCCUUGAUGAGCAGGUGGAAGCAGAAACUCCUGUGGCCAUUAUGGCUGAAGGAAAGGAACACGCACUCGCAAUUGGCUUUACAAAAAUGUCAGCAAAAGAUAUAAAAGCAAUCAACAAGGGAAUUGGAGUUGACAACAUGCAUUAUCUUAACGAUGGUCUUUGGAAGAUGGAGCGACUAGAUUGAGGAUCUGCAGCGAGCGAGCAAGUGCAGUGUCAUUUACAUACAAGAUUAUCCAAGCAACUGCAACUAUACAAGAUUUUAUUUCUUUGAACUGCAGCUGUUUUGUCUCCCUCUAAAUCUUGCAAAAGGAAUUGUGUAAAAAAAUUUCUCGAGCUAUCUUGUUUUUGACCUUCAAGAUCUUGUUUCAAGAUCAUAAUUCAGAGUUUGUUCAUCUUUUUUAAAACUCAUUAUAUGAGUAGCCUUUAUGUUGAUAUAUCUUUAUAAUGUUUAGUCUUCUUGAUAAA